GAGCCCCCAUCCUAGGCCGGUAUGUCCCUGCAGAGGAUUGUACGUGUGUCCCUGGAACACCCCACCAGCGCUGUGUGUGUGGUGGGCGUUGAGACCAUCGUGGACAUUUAUGGGUCGGUUCCUGAGGGCACAGACAUGUUUGAGGUGUACGGGACUCCUGGCGUGGACAUCUACGUGUCUGCCAGCAUGGAGAGGAGCCGAGAGCGAGCUGACACCCAGCGGUGGUGCUUCAACGAAGGGCUGGAAAUCAUCGUGGUCAUGAACUCCCCUAGCAACGACCUCAACGACAGUCACGUGCAAAUAGCCUACCACUCCAGCCACGAGCAUUUGCCCCUGGCCUAUGCGGUACUCUACCUCACCUGUGUGGACAUCACCCUGGACUGUGACAUGAAUUGUGAGGACCGACAGGACAGGAGCUUCGUGGAUAAGAGGCAGUGGGUGUGGGGCCCUGACGGGUAUGGAGCUAUCCUGCUGGUGAACUGUGACCGGGACGAUGUGAGCUCUAACACCCAAGAUAACUGUGAUGAACAUGUGCGCUGCCUGCAAGAUCUGGAAGAUAUGUCCCUCAUGGUCCUUCGGACCCAGGGCCCUGAAGCCCUCUUUGACGACCACAAACUUAUCCUGCACGCCUCCAGCUGUGAUGCAGAGCGGGCACGGGUUUUCCAUGUCUGUGGUCCAGAGGAUUCCUGUGAGGCCUAUAGGUGUGCUCUGGGCCCGGACAGGAUGUCAUACGAGGUACCCCGCCUGAGCGGCUAUGAGGAGCGCUUCUUCGUGGAGGGCCUCUCCUUCCCUGAUGCUGGCUUCUCGGGGCUCAUCUCCUUCCAUGUCACCCUGCUGGAUGACUCCAAUGAGGACUUCUCCGAGACCCCGAUCUUCACUGACACGGUGGUGUUCCGAGUGGCGCCCUGGAUCAUGACGCCCAGCACCCUGCCGCCCCUGGAGGUGUACGUGUGCCGGGUGAGGAAUAACACGUGCUUCGUGGAAGCCGUGGAGGAGCUGGCCAGGAAGGCGGGCUGCAGGCUCACCAUCUGUCCUCAGGCAGAGAACAGAAACGACCGCUGGAUCCAGGAUGAGAUGGAGCUGGGCUACGUGCAGGCACCGCACAAGACCUUGCCGGUGGUCUUUGAUUCCCCAAGGAAUGGGGAGCUGCAGGGCUUCCCUUACAAAAGGAUUCUGGGUCCAGAUUUCGGCUACGUGACUCGGGAACCUCGAGACAGUUCUGUGAGUGGCCUGGACUCUUUCGGCAACCUGGAGGUCAGCCCACCUGUGGUGGCCAAUGGGAAGGAGUACCCCUUGGGGAGAAUCCUCAUUGGGGGCAACCUGCCUGGGUCGAGAGGCCGCAGGGUCACCCAGGUGGUGCGAAACUUCCUGCAUGCCCAGAAGGUGCAGCCCCUGGUGGAGCUCUUCGUGGACUGGCUGGCCGUGGGCCACGUGGAUGAGUUUCUGAGCUUUGUUCCUGCUCCGGAUGGGAAGGGCUUCCGGCUCCUCCUGGCCAGCCCCGCUGCCUGCUUCAGGCUGUUCCAGGAAAAACAGAAAUGGGGCCAUGGCAGGGCCCUCCUUUUCGAGGGGGUCAUUGGUGACAGGCGUGUCAAGACCAUCUCCAUCAAUCAGGUCCUUUCCAACCAGAACCUUAUCAACUUUAAUAAGUUUGCACAGAGCUGCAUUGACUGGAACCGUGAGGUGCUGAAGCGGGAGCUGGGUCUGGCCGACUGUGACAUCAUCGACAUCCCGCAACUCUUCAAGGCGGAGAGGAGGAAGGCCGUGGCGUUCUUCCCCGACUUGGUGAACAUGCUGGUGCUGGGCAAGCACCUGGGCAUCCCCAAGCCCUUCGGGCCCAUCGUCAAUGGCCGCUGCUGCCUGGAGGAGAAGGUGCGCUCCCUGCUGGAGCCGCUGGGCCUGCACUGCACCUUCAUUGAUGACUUCACACCCUACCACAUGCUGCACGGGGAGGUCCACUGCGGCACCAACGUGCGCCGGGAGCCCUUCGCCUUCAAGUGGUGGCACAUGGAGCCCUGAGCCACCACCCAUCCCCCACCCUUCCCCUGGGAUGGGGCGUGGGCCCAGUGGCAGAUGGAGACUGAGACAGACCCCAGAGCAACUAACACUAAGAGAUUGCCAGUCUCUAGACUGAGUGCCCAGGGUGACCCAUGCCCCUCAGAAGCCUCUCUCAAGGUGCCCGAAUUCUUCUGCAGCCCGUCCUGUUCCCAGACAUGAAUCCUCUUGGUGCCCCUCAAAGAAGGGCCUUGUGUCUAAAGAUCUCUCAUGUGGAUGAAUGUUACUGGUGGGGACACCCCAAAAUAACAUCCCCACACAGUCCAAAAUGCUUCUGUCUAUGGGUAAAUCCACUUGGGAGUCUAGAAGGGUUGCUACAUUAUCUCAUCAGCGCCUUGACCUGUACUUCCUGUGGCGGAAAGUCUGGGGGUUCUGUUUUGGCCAGUUGAAGCUUUUGGUUGUAAAGUCAUUGUGUUCCACAUGGACAAGAGAGUCUACCCCUCCCACCCCCAGGAAACACCCCCGGGGUCCAUUCAGGUCAAAGUGUGACCACCAUUCCCCAUAUAAGCUCCUGGCAAGGACCGGAGCUCUGCCCCACCCAGCCUGAGCUGCCACACAGUGGGUGCUUCUGUGAGCUAUCACACAGUGGGUGCUUCUGUGAGCUAUCACACAGUAGGUGCCUCUGUGAGCUGCCACACAGUGGGUGCCUGUCCAUGCUUUUGGAAUGGCAGCUAUCUCUUAGCCUUCCAAGCUCCCCAUCAUCUGAGGCCUGGGUAUCUGGUUGUCCAAACCCUCUUGGAAGUGAUGUGACUGGAUGGCUGUUGAAGCUUAGGAAGACGGGAGUGUCUUUCAUAAGACAUGAGACUGAUCCCGGGAGUCCCGCCAUCUGGAGGAGGAGGGUCAGCUGGCCUGGGAGCUGUGUGAGAGAAGAGGCCACUGGCUGACUUAGCCCUGUGCCUUCUGCCUAAACUCCCGGCCCCGCAGUAGAGGCCCAGGCAAUCCCACCCCAGGCAACCCCACCCCAGGCUCCUCGAAGGCAGGACUCAGUGGGACAGUUGAACCUUUCCACAUACAGGGAGAGGGGAGGGGCUUGGCUGUCUCAAGAUGUGUGUUCUGUGGGUCCAGCUGGCCAGUAAACAGUAGCACAAAUGCCGUGCGUCUAACCUUUGCCUUUCUUUGGUGAUUAAAAUGAGAGGGUCCCUUGCCUAGAUACUCCUCUGGAAUCUGAGGCUCAAUAACCCCUGAGGACAGGGGUCUGAAGAGGUGGCUCAGAGGUUAAGAGCACUGUCUGCUCUUCCAAAAGGUCCUGAGUUCAAUUCCCAGCAACUACAUGGUGACUCAGAACCAUCUAUAAUGAGAUCUGCUGCCCUCUUCUGGUGUGCAGGCACACGUGCAGACAGAACACUCUAU